UUGCUAAGCUAUCUUGUGUAGACGUUCUACAGGGUGAUGAAGAAGAUGUAGUUAGUCGGCCCUUAAAUACAUAACGUUGUUCGAUUUAAAACGUAAAUUUUGUGAGCCGGGACAAAACAAUCACCAUGGCCGGUAUUAGGAGAGUUAACGGAAAAUUAUCAGGAAUUAGCCCAGCUGUCAGUUGCAGUCGCCUGCGUCAGGUUCAGUCUCUGCUCUGUGAGGGUGGCAUUGCCACUCCUGAUGGCAUCCUGUGCUCUCUUGGAAUUGACAGCAGAUAUAAUGAGGGGUGCACUGAGCUGGGGAAAUACCUGUUCUAUGGACUAUAUGAAAGAAAUCAGCUGAAUCUUGAACAACUCCUCGAGGAGUUUCCUGAUGAAAUGCUGGAUGAUGUAAUUCUGCUGAUCAAGGCGGAUUCUGUUCAUCUGUACUGCAACCCAAUGAACUACAGUUACCUGUUGCCCUACGUGUCCCACUGGAGGAACCUGCAUCUCUACUGCAUGACAGAGGCGGAGUAUGAAGAUGAGGAAGCAGCAGAAGAAUUCAAAAUCUCCAGUUUUGUCACGAUGGUGCAGGACUGCUAUCGUAUUGGUGUACCUAACAGCUCCCAGGGUCACAUCCAGAGGUUUGACAUGUUUAUGGUGGAAAAGUGGCCCCUGAUUCAAGCAUUCGCCCUGGAAGGCAUCGGUAGAGGGAGCUUCUUUACCAUGAAAUACAAGCUAAUGGACAUGAGUGAGAAGCUGUGGCAGGUUUACAGCAGACUGGACCCGGUGUCCCUGGAUAAUCUCCUCACAGAGGACUUGGUGAACUUUGAGAAGCAGUGGAGCGGCUUCUUCUCCAGCAUGGACCUGGAGAGCCAUCUGUCCAUCCUGGAGCUCUCUGAAGCACAGGCAGGAGAGGCAUUCCGUACUUAUUACUCUCAUGGACUGAUCUCAAGCAACAUCACAGAUAAAAGUAAAAGUCAGCAGCCCUUUGUGCUGCUUGGAAAGCAUUCCUCCUCAGAGGAUUUGGAGGGUUAUUCGUUCAACUUUCCCUCAGAGAGUCAUCAGGUCCGCAACACAGGACCUGAGGGUUCUGCAGCCAGACACAUGAUUCUGCAGUGUGUGGCUCCCAAAGGACCUCUAGCCUGCUCUCGGACCUAUUUCUUUGGGACCACCCACUCUCCAUACCUUGGAAAUCAGAACACAGAGCAAAAGAAAACAGAAGUCUUACUUUUGUCGCAGAUUUAUUCAGCUGCUGUUCAAGCAGUUCUGUCAGGAAUCAAAAGCUACUCCUUCACCUCCAGCGCUACCAAGGCCAAGGAUGUAGCAGAGAACACCUUUCUACUGGCUUUGGACUCGAUGAAUUUAAGUCAGUACCGCAGUUCUCUCAGGUCGAAAUGUGAAUUCAGCAUACAAGCAGUGAAUAUGCAGGGAAGGAUCAUUCCUCUGACUGAUAAAGACAGCCGUUACGUAGUAAAAACAGCGUCCAUGACUGUCCAUGACAUCCCAGACCUGCAGUGGGACGGGGGCGACCUGGGCUCUGUGGUCUUCUCUGAAUCCUUCUUGGAGUCCGGCAUCAACAUUCAACAGAAAGACGGCACUCUGUCCUCAGACAGCUGCUACACCGUCCUGACUACAACUGUGCCUCGAUACGCCUGCUGGCUGAUGGAACCUGAUGUCAAGCAAUCUGAGCAAGCCCAACAUCUUGCUAAGAAAGAGGAAGGCACUUGUCUGGGAUCUGCUCUGACUGUAGCAGAUGCUGCGUAUGUGUUCUCCAGCAGCCAGCUCUCCACACCUGAAGAAGGAAAAAUCAUUUUCCUCUCUGAGGGACUGCUGUUCAUCCAUUCUCAAUAUGGAAGCAUUACACUGUCCAAAGAUCACAUCAGCACCAUCAAGUUCUAUGAUCCGGACUCCAGCGCUGUGGCGUCUCUCCUCGUGGAGUAUGACAGCAGCCUGCUCCCCCACCUCCCGUUCCCCCUCCACAGCGCUGACCGCUGUCUGGUCUUUGCUCUUCAGCCCAGGUCUAAGAGCCACAGGGCCUUCUACUCCAAGGUUUUGUCAGUGUGGCAAAAAUCUGACUCUGGACUUAAUCUGCAAAUGGUGGACCAAAAGCACCUGUCCUGGAACCAGAAAAACAUGCACAGCAGGCUGCAGAAGCUGCAUGACAGUCAGGAGCCACCAGUGGCCAAACGCAGAGGCAGCCUGAAGACUUCAUACUCCCAGCUGCCAGAGCAGGACAUGUUUGUUCAGCACUUUGCCUUGAGUAGUAUCGGUCAGGAGCCCAUCCUGUAUGACCACCUGGGGGCACUCUUCCCCUCUGCAGAGCUGAGGAAUCCAGUCACCAGUCAGGGAGACAAGGUUGUCAUAACCAUCAUCACUGGAUUACCAGGAAGCCAUAAGAAAAGGCUCUGCAAUUUCCUGGUCCAGUUGAACAAGGAACAUGGAAGGUGGGUGGUGUACAGGCCUGGUCCUGGCAGCUGUGACGGCUUCUCAGCCUCUCACCUGCAGCAGUAUUUGGCCAGCUUCCUGGAGAGCCAGAGAGGCCCUGGAGGCAAACCCCGUCUGUUGGUGCUCUCUCCUGGAUACACAGAUGUUCUGGAUGUGGUCCAGGCUGUGCUCUUCCACCCUGACCCAGUUGUCCAAGCGUGUUUCACCAUCGGCGCCGUCACUGCUUGUGUGGACCCGCUGGCCUCCUGCGUGGAGCACAGGUUUGCAUUUCCUAAACUCUUGGAGCAGUGCAGCCAAGGUAUUGUGAGCACCGUGGUGUUUACCGGGCUGACAGCAGAGCAGAAGCACCCUCUCAUGCAGCAUGUUCAGCAGCUGGUACGCUCUGCCAACCCCACCGCAGCCUUCAUACUGGCAGAGAGAGGAGCUGUCACCAGGAAUGAAGAUGUGAAUCUGAUAUUUUCUGAUAGCAGCUUCAGUGAGCCACAGAUGCUGAGAGCCCGUUAUGUCCUCUACCCUGGAUGGUGCAAAGGGCGCUUCUUCUCCGGUCGUGGGUCUCUGGUCCUCACCCAGCAGCGCGUGGCUUUCAGCCGGCCCCUCGAGAGGCCUCUAUUUGUCACCCGCUGUAAAGCGCUCAAGUCAUCACUAAGGACAAGCCCCUUCAGAGGAAACGUGUACAACGUUUGGGGGAAAGUCCGGUUUUCUGACUCAGACCAGCUGAUGGAGGUGAGCUACAACACACUGAGCGGGAGCCUCAGCAUGACCCCGGGCCCCAAAGAGACCAGCACGUCCUGCUGCCUGAUCUUUGAUGGUGUCGGCCUCACAGACGAUGGACUGAAGGACCUGCUCAGGCUGUGUGCCAAGCAGAGACAGAAAAAGAAACCUAAGAAGACUAAAAACACCCUUUCACCACAAGAAAUCAAGAGCAUACAUAUGACCCGGCACCUGGACCCACUACCACAAGGCUACUUCUACAACGGUCACCAAUAUAUGGACAUCUUUGGAGAAAAACUGAACCUCCAUCCCUACAUGGAAGAGUUUAUUAAGGAGUACCUCGCCGAGGCCAACAAAGAGGUCGAGCUAUUCAACCGUCAGCUGGAGCUGCAGGGACAGCCUGACCUGUUUGAUCCCUGAUAGAAUCUGUAUGUCCACUGCCUCCAUCUGUCUUAUUUAACACUAAGGGAACCACUGUGGGGGGGACAGGGAGGGCACAGGGCUUAUGUUCCAAACACUCAAUGUUUGGUCACACCACAGGAAGUCCGUUCAUUAUCUCCGUACGAUGUCACUUUGUUUCCUGAUUUGUUGUCAGUAGAAAGGUUGAGUGCAGAUGAGCUUUUAAAUAAUCACACAUAAAAGAAGUGGGCGGGGCGGUUUGCCUUAUUUCCUACAGUAACGCCACUAACUGUACAGUUAGGCAUCAUAUUUAUCAAAUGACUGUGACUAAUCGAUGCGGUCACCUCCGUUAAUCCAAAUUAAGACGUCUUCACCAAGAGAUGAGAGUUGCUGACAACUGCGGACGAAUCUGAAACAUAACGCAACACAAGACUCCAUCUUUAAACCAGUGCGAUUACGCCGCUAAGCCUGCGAGCGAAGAGACUUUCACAAUCGAAGGGAGUUUCCAACCGCACACUCUCCCGUCAGCCCGCGCGUUACUGUUUAUCACAGUUGGUAAAUGAAUGCCUAUUUGUGGACAGGCAUGGCUAGCCGUGUGAUUCUGGUGGGCUCCCUGGUGGGGUUUCUCAAGAAUCGCUCCUCCUCUGUUGUCACCCAAUCCGCGGCCCACCUGUUAUCUUGUAUGCAUGCCACGCUGCAGCAGAGGGAGCGCUUGGCCAUGGAGCUGUAAACAUUGGACAGCCUGCUGGCUGCAGACAACUGAUGAAUGAUGCCAUUAAUCACAUAGCUAAACGCCAUCCCAGUGCUUUAUUUUAAGACUCCUGAAGUGAAUCUAAUGAAAGUGCAAUAAAGCAGACUUCAGUCCUUGCAGCAAAGCUGAGGCCGUCCAGUACACAUUGAAACACUGAGGUAACGUGUCCAACACAAGCUGAAAGCACUCCGUUCUGUUCUUUAUAACGCUGCUAGUUAACAGAGAGAAGCUCACUGCAGCCAGGUGUGGAGCACUCAUUGCAUCAUUUUGGUCAAAAUGUUCUUUUAUGGUUGCAUUAGUUCAAAGUGUCAACAUUCCCGUGUUUUGUUUUUAUCUUGUGGGUCGGACAAGGGGAACAUGAGGAAAGACGAGUAGAGCCUUUAGUGACGGGUGUAAUGCUUUGUACGGGCGUUGUGACUUUAUGUCCUGUUUGAAUGAGUCGUUGUGCUACAGCUCGCUCUGCGUUCGUGUGUCACACUCAUGUCCUCUGCAUGUCUUCCUCUGGUCAGGGUUCCUACGCAGGUUUUAAAUGAGUUUGAUAAGCUGUGGGGCAUUUCCUGGGAAAACCUGCAUCGUCGUUAUUAGUGCAGCUGCACAUUUACCACUAUGUGAUAUGUAAGCAAAGAAGCGUUUCAAAGUAAAAGCGUGGUAAAUCAGCGCACUUUAGAAGUUGACGUGUGUAGGAACCCUACAGUCUCUGGAGCUUUGAUGGCUUUCAUUCAUUAUGGGGUCAGCAGUGUAACAUGAAGACUAAUUAACACGUUGUGGGUGAAUUGAUGCUGACAAAGGAACAUUUUAGUGCACAUAGAAUACGCACACAUGCUGCUGCUGCUACAACGGUACAAUAUAUUGCAUUGGCCUUUGUAGUUUUACCCCAAACACAAAUACCAGCUUGUAAUCACUGAGUACUCAGAGAGGAAGGGUGUUUCUGUUAAGAGCAUAGUCUAAGGCCUCAGCAGUGGAGGGAAGCGCUUGCUUUAGGUUCUUAUCUUGGAUAUUAUUAGAUCAGUGGUGACCUUAGUGUUGCCAUCACAGCGCUGGCUAUGUCGUGUUUUACAUGUCUGACUGUCAGCGCUGUCAACAGCCAGUAAGAAGAAUCAAUAAUGUAGUUGUCAGCUGGCAGGCAAAAGACAAGAGUGAUAACAUUGUUCGCAAGUUCUCUCUCUCCCGGACGACUUGUGAGUAUUCAAAUAAUCCUCAAUCUGAACUCAGCCUCACACUGCUGGCCCCAUCCGUCCUCUCGCCAAAGUCCGCUUUGAUCCCAACCAGCCACAGCGUCUUAUGCUAGAUGUGCCGCUGUCUCUUAGAAGAAUAGAAUGCAUAGAAUAGCACAUAGCCUCUAACAUGUAUUACCCCCGGCAUGAGGGGCUCACAUGGAGAAGAGGAGCCCACCCAAAGUUACUCAUUCCUCUCUUACACUCCUUCUCUUUUACUCUAUAAAAGAAGUGCAAUUGUACCUCGUGUUUUUAAAUAUAUAUAUAUAUAUUGUACUUACAGUACCCUCAAAAAGCUCUUUAAGGACAAAGCCUAGCAAACAGAUGAGCAGUCUCUCACAGCUUGGAUUCUUCUAGCUUUGACUGCUUGUAGCUCGCAAAACACCAUAAAGUGAGAUGCCACGCAUACAAAUGACAACAUAAUGCAGCAAACAGAUUACGGGGGGGGGGAUAAGUGGACCACGAUAAUAUGCAACAUUAAUCCUGUGUUGACAAAAUGCGUGAUGCUCUGUUUAACGUGUCAGGGUUGCUCUCUGUUGUGAGCAACUGUUGCUGUCGUUCUGUAGUUCCGUAAUACUGCAGAGAGUUCCCUUGAUUGACAGCGAAAUAGUUGCGAGGCUGACGUAUGGGAGACGAAAGGUUCCACAAACCUGCUCCACACGUCAAAGAGCAGCGAAGAGGAAACUAUAUUUGGCCAAGAGAUGACAAACGAGUCCUUAAAGAGCCGAGGGUUACGUAAGAUGUUUGUGAUAUUUAAAUGAAAUGACCACGAACACAUACACACGACUACUGCUACAAGUACGUCUACACUAUUCUGCAUGUGUUGAGAUGUCACGUGAAUAUGAUACCGCGUAUAUUCUCAACAAAAUUGCCUUUCACCAAACUGGUACAACAAAGAAAAAAUAAUCACAUUUAUUUUACAUAUCUGCUAACAAAUUAGAAUUACCUCGGACACGACAAAUAGUAUUUUUGUAAGACUGUGAAUUGAGAAUUCUAGAUGCAAGCAAAACGUCUCCUCUCGCAAAAGCAGAUGCAAAACAAACAAAGUCAAAAGAGAAUGUGAUCGGUAGUGAGACGUCGGGUCCGGUCCAGCAGUGCCUUGGCUCCGGCUAAGAACAGCAGAGAAUAAAGCUGCAUUCAGUGAAAGGAAUCCAUAGAGUCGCUCUCUAGAGCAAUGUGUUUUUACCAAGUCAGAGGGUAGAGCAGGCGAUGUCACACGGGGGGGAGGGCUCGGGGCGAUUCAGGUAAACUAACCAAAAACGAUGUUGGAACACGGGCUGGGUACCAUUCAGUUUGGAUGCUUCAACUGUAGACUUACUACUAUUUAACGCUGAGCUGCAAUAACUGUCUCUUAAUUAAUGAGAAGUAGAGAUCAGUCUUUGAUGCCCAGCCCGAGUUGGUAUCAGACAAAACAAAAAGAGCAUUGAGUUUGUUGGGUGACCCCCUACUUAUAUUGCACAUGGGGGGGGGCAAAGAGCCCUCCACAAGCCUCUCAGUGUGACCGCUACGCAGCCCUCUGGCUAACUGAGCACCCUGGUGUCUUCAUCCUGUGUGUGGAGGCGAGCCACUUUGUAGCUGAAGUUAUAGGACAAAAACAAAGUUUGGUGUUAAUUGGUUUUAUAUCGGGGGGGGGGUUCUUUUCUAGUUUUGAAGAUUGGCUCCGGUGUUCAAAAGGACCAACUGUGUGGAAUGUAUGCACUCCUUGAAGAAGUGGAUUUUUUAAGGUGUUUUGUGCUUAUUGGAGAGGGCGGCUUGGAAAUAAUGUUUAACCGUCCAAACAUUCCUCAGGCCUCGGGGGACGGCUGAUACUAAUUGUUUGGGCUGUUCUGUCCUAUCGAGGUUCAAAGGGAAUCACCUCACAGUCCUCACAGACAGAGAGACGUAUUUGCUCAGGUGUUCUUAUUAUUUCCUUUCCUGAGGUUACAUAUUUGCUCCAAUGAAACCCGAGUGUUACAGAAGAAGAUGGGGGUGAAAUUGUGGUUAAUAUCUUCUGUCUGUAGCUACGUACCGGCCGGCCGCGCAGUCGUGUACAAAAAACAAAGCGCAGGUUGUUAUCUGUGUCAAGUAACGGUGACGACUCAUGUCGGGAUGACAGAAUGAGAUCUGGGGGGAAAAGCAAAGGGCUCAUUUCUUCUCCUUUAUCUACAGGCCGUCCAAUGGAAGAAAUAACUCACUUCAGAAGUGCCAAACUGACUUCCACAUUUAGUUUUGAGGGUGUUCACAGAAAGUGAGCAGAAACUGAAUUGCAUUUGCACAAAAACUACUGUAACUUCUGUUUUUAUCCUGUGACUGAUGCUUUUAUAAUCUAACUGUUGUUUCUAUUGCACCACGUAUCCCAUUAAAUAUUUAUAUGGUU